GAAAAGAAGGUCAGGCGAUGAGCUGACACACAGAGACACAGAAGAAGAAACACAAGGAGAUAGCUGGAGGGGAGAGGAGAACAUAAGCAGUGCGACUCUGAGAGAGAGACAGACUAUGCAGACGGAAAAAGCACAAUGACAAUACAAAGAGCGGCCGGCGACAGAGGAGAAGAGAAGUAGGACAGGAUGAUGCAUGGUGAGAGAGGGGCAGCACGUCAAGAGCAGGAUGGGUGGAGCCAAGCCGUGAGGUGGGCCACAGUGUCACCGCACUGCCCGAGAAGAAAACAAUAGCACAUGCACUGAUGGGGGCAUACUCUUCCUCCCUCUCUGCCUCUCUGUCAGUACAAUACAGCCAUUGAUGCAAACAAAUAUUUAUGCAGAGCACAGAUGCCAGAGGAACUGCAGGAGACCACAGCAGAGCUCUGCAACCAUGUCCGGCAGCAAUGAGGACAGGAGCACCUCUGCAACCAAGAGCUUCGGACAGUGUACCUACACAGCUGAGGAGUACCAGGCGGUGCACAAUGCUCUGCGCCAGAGGCUGGGACCAGAAUACAUCAGUACCAGAAUGGCUGGAGGAGGACAGAGGGUGUGCUACAUUGAAGGGCACCGCGUCAUCAGCCUGGCCAAUGAGAUGUUUGGAUACAACGGAUGGUCUCACUCCAUCUCUCAGCAGAAUGUUGACUUUGUAGACCUCAUCAAUGGAAAGUUUUAUGUCGGAGUCAGCGCGUUUGUCAGAGUGCAGCUGAAGGAUGGGUCGUUUCAUGAGGAUGUAGGCUAUGGAGUCAGCGAGGGACUGAAGUCUAAAGCUCUGUCACUGGAAAAGGCGAGAAAGGAAGCUGUCACUGAUGGCAUGAAGAGAGCACUGAAAUGCUUCGGUAAUGCCCUUGGAAACUGCAUCCUGGAUAAAGAAUACCUCUUAGCCAUAAACAAGAUCCCCAAACAGCCUCCUCCUCCUCUCAAUCCGGCCCAGACCAAGCGCUCUGAGGGGGAACCCUCUGUAGAGAAGGCCCGGUUCUCCAGUCUUGUCCAAGAGGAAAAGCUUGCACCUGUGGUGGGUCCUGCCAGGAUGCCGCUGGAGCCCAGAAUCCUUGACCAGAACCAGAACUGUUCAGAAGUUCACACUCCUAAUGCUGGCUCUGCUCCCGACAGGACGAGUGAGAACAUCUGCUCCAGAUCUGCCAUGGACUCAGCGGAAGCUGUUGGGUCUGAAUUGCACACAGACCCCAAGCAGCUCAGGAAGCUCCGGCAACAGCAGCUGCAACAGAAGUUCAGGAGAGAGAUGGAGGCCAAGAAGCUCCAGCAGCAGAAACAGGAUCAAGCCAAGUCUGAAGACAAAGACGUCGCUAUUGGGCAAAGAUCCAGUGGAGAUCAUGAACGUGUACCUGCCUUGAGUGACAGCACUGCAGCGGGACACACAAAGCCCAGCAGUAGGGACGAGUACUUAGCAGAUGAUCCUGAGAUCUGGGAUUUUACUCUGGAUGGGAUUGAGGAGCUUGAUGUCCCCACAGGCGAGCCGCUGUCCAGAGGGCUCAGGCCCAGCACGCCCAGGAGUCACCAGAUGCAGACGCGCAGUCAGACCCCCCAGAGACCCCCCAGAAGACCUCCAGACGAGGCCCCAUCGUACAGCAGAGGACAGGACAGGACUCAAUACAGACCUCAACACCAGAACCAGUAUCAGAUGAGACCAGGCGAAGCCUUCAGUCCAUACAGACAAGGACAGCACAUGAAGAAACGCAGACUGGACACUUAAGAUUUUUGUCCUCAACACGUUCUAGAAUCCAGCCACAUAAUCUUUGCAUUUAUAUUUAUUUUUAGUGUAUUUGUUAUUAAUGGAUUGCUGCUACAUCCAAUAUUUGGAGAAAUGUUACCUGGGUUUGUGAAAAUUAUUAUUGUUAUUAAUUAUAUUAUUAUUAUUAUCAUUAUUAUUAAUAUUUUGUGUUAGAAGUAUUUAGGAUUUGAAACCCAGUUUUCAGGGCCUUUAAAUAAAAUUUGAUAACCUCUUUUUUUAAAAAACUAUUAAUAUGGGACAGUAGAAAAAAACAACCCAGUUUAUCCAUGAUAAGUGUUCAAUUAGUAACAAACCCAAAAAGAAGCACAGUCUGGUCAUAACAUUUUUUAAUUACACCAAUAAACACGAAAGU